CACCGUGAGGAAUUCAGUUGACAAGACAAAUCGUUUGUACUGUAUGCACGCUUCCAUUCUCACCUACUGAAUUAAAGUUGUCAUGAAAGUUUAAAAGUUCUCAAAAGCUACUAUAUUGAGCACAGUGAAUUGUUUUCAAGUUUAUAAUGGCGUGAUAAUGUUUCGGACAAUGUUUUUGUUGCUCAUGUACUUGCAGAACUAUCAUUUAUGAGCACAGAUAGCGAAGUAAACUUGUGACUGCUUCGUGUUGUAUUAUUCAUUUUUGAACAAGAUUUUACUAGUUCCAAUUGAUUGUUGUGGUGUUUUUGUGUUCCUAGCAACGGGAUUGUGAUGAAAACUAGUUUAAUAACAAUAUUGUUAAAUCUAACACAUGACUGUCGUUUAAGAUGUGAUAAAGUGAUAUGUAGUGGUUACCUGUAACUUUACGUGUCAUGGAAGAGUUAGAGCGGUUGUUCAAGAUGAAACCAGUUAUAGUUAUAGGGACCCUGUUAGUGUUCCUUUCUGGUGUUAUUCAUACCACUACCCCGUUGGACACAGUGCAAAUGCAGCCACCAAGAUUCAGCAUGCAACCAUCAUCUUCAAAUAGUAUAGUCAGGGAAGGAACUACUAAAAUAUUGCAGUGCUCUGCGAUAGGUAUUCCACAACCAAUGUAUCGAUGGUUAAAAAACGGCAUGCCGUUAGGUGAUUACUCUUCAGAGCUAUUUUAUAAAAUUCACAAUACUCAACGACAAGACGCCGGUGCAUACCAGUGUAUCGCUAAGAAUGACGUCGGAGCAAUUUUCAGUGAAAAGAAUAACAUUGUUGUUGCCUAUAUGGGCGUAUUUGACAAUGCUUUGGAGCAAGUAAUAUCUGUGGAGUCCGGCCGUGCAGCUAUUUUGGAGUUCCCUCGUAUUGAAUCAGAACCAUCACCCUCUGUUAUUUGGCAAGAUGAAAAUGGUACCCUGCGUUAUGAUCAAAAAUACGCUAUAACAGAUAAACACCAACUUGUCAUACUUUGUACUUCACAUGAAGAUGAGCGGUCUUAUAGGGUAAGAGCAAUAAACACGCAACUAGGAAAGGAAGAAAACAGUCCUUAUAUAAGACUUAAUGUAUAUGGAGAUGACUAUAAAGAAAUUCCUCCAGAAAUUAUCAUUAAACCAGAGGAUACAAAAAUAAUUAAAGGUCAAGAAUAUGUAAAUUUAUACUGCGUAGCAAAUGCAAGACCGCUUCAUGAAUUGGAAACACUUUGGUUUAAAGAUGGAAUUAUGGUCGACAUGGCUGGUAUUACUUUUGAUUUAAAUGACCAGUGGAAUAGAACUCUCAGUCUCAUUUCCGUUAAUUUAACGCACACGGGACAAUAUACGUGCCAGGCCCGACUUAAAUCGGGUGGAUUUGCCACAGUUACAGCUUCAGCCACGGUGACUGUUUAUGAAAAACCAGUAUUCCUUAGCAAUUUAAAAUCUGAAACCUUUGGUGAAUUUGGCAGUACUAUAGUUUUGGAAUGUAACGUUCAAGGUGUACCUUUGCCAAGUAUAACAUGGUACAAGGAUGCUAGAAAAAUAUCAAGUGUUGGAAUUGAAGCAGCCGUAACUGAUAAUGCAGAUGUUUACGACGGCGAGGGCAGGUACCGCGUAGAAGUGAACAGAUCUCUCGUCAUUAAUAACCUAAGAAUGGAAGACAUGGGCAUUUAUCAGUGCAUAGCCAGCAACGAAGCCGGAGAAUCUUCCAUUUACACUUGGUUAAAAAUCAAGACGUCCCCGCCCAUAAUGCAGACUCCGCCGGCGAACCUCACGGUGCUAGACGGAAAGGACGCCACGAUCGCUUGCCGGGCAGUUGGCGCGCCAACUCCCAAUGUCACUUGGUACUUCAACGAUUCUCUAAUAAUUAAUCUAUCGGGACGACUUCAAGCUUUGGAAGAAGGGGACUUGCUUAUUACCGGUACUACCACAGCCGACAGCGGGAAGUACACCUGUGUGCGGUCGAAUGACGCAGGAAACGUUUCGGGAGAAGCCUAUCUGACGGUGCUCGUAAGGACACAGAUUAUUGCACCGCCUGUAGACACAAGGGUUCUGCUUGGCCACACAGCCACGAUGCAGUGUAAAGUUUCUAAUGACCCCAAUGUCAAAUACAACAUCGAUUGGUUUCAUAACCAACAGCCAAUGACAGCCGGUUCCCGUAUUUGGGUGACACCAGAUGGUGCACUCCAAGUGCAAGCUGUUCGUGCCAGUGACGCAGGCGAGUACACAUGCGUGGUGACGUCACCGGGGGGCAACCACACCCGCCGCGCCGUUCUCUCCGUCAUCGAGCUACCUUUCGCCCCCACCAACGUUCGGGCGCACAAGCUCGACGGAGCGUCACAAAGAGCCAUCAAUGUCACUUGGACGCCAGGCUUCGAUGGCAACUCACCGAUACAGAAAUUUAUAGUACAAAAGCGAAUCGUACCAGAAUUUGGACCCACGCCCGAUCCACUUUUGAACUGGGUGACGGAGACUAUGAAUGUGUCAGCUAAUCAGCGCUGGGUGCUCCUGACGAGUUUGAAAGCUGCCACAUCUUACCAGUUCAGAGUUUCUGCUGUGAACACUGUUGGCGAGGGACCACCUUCCGACCCUACUGAUGUUCUAACACUGCCGCAAGAAGCCCCAUCAGGUCCACCUGUUGGUUUCAUGGGAUCUGCACGUUCUUCUUCCGAGAUCAUAACUCAAUGGCAACCGCCUCUGGAAGAGCACAGAAAUGGGCACAUACUCGGAUAUGUCAUUAGAUACAGGCUCCGAGGCUACGACAACAGCCCGUGGACAUAUCAGAACAUCACGAACGAGGCUCAGCGGAAUUACCUUAUCCAAGACCUUAUUACCUGGAAGGAUUAUAACGUGCAGAUUGCUGCAUAUAACGAUAAGGGGGUUGGUGUAUUCUCCGAUAGUUACACUAUUAAAACUAAAGAAGGAAUACCAGAGGCACCGCCGGAUAGCGUCCGCUGUGAACCUCACAACUCUACAGCCAUCACUGUUUGGUGGACACCACCAAAUCCACAGAAAAUCAACGGCAUUAAUCAGGGUUACAAAAUCCAGGCCUGGAGAUGGGACGACAAUGAGGGUGAUAACAUAGAACAAAAGCUUGUCAGCGUGCCGCCCAAUCUGUUAGACCCACUUACAGAACAGACUGCCAUCAUCGGCGAUCUAGAAAAGUUCACAGACUACAACAUAUCAGUACUCUGCUUCACUGAACCGGGCGAUGGGCCCCGGAGCGAAUAUAUAUUAGUGAGGACAAAGGAAGACAUUCCCGACGAAGUUGGAAGUUUGCAAUUUGAUGAUAUUUCGGAUCGUGCCGUCCGAGUAUCCUGGUCUCCGCCCAAGAAAUCUAAUGGAAUUCUAAUCGGCUACAAAUUAUCUUAUCAAAUAAAAGACGAUCCGAAUUCAUUCAAAGACGAAGUGCUCCAGGCAAACGUUACAAGUAUCAAAGUUGAACACUUACAGGCAAGCACUCAUUACAAGUUUCACUUGUGUGCGUUGACAAGUGUCGGAGAAGGCCCAGCGCGGUCGGCCACCAUACAAUCCGGCGUCGAGCCAGUACUUCCUGAUGCUCCUCGGAAUCUGGCUUUGUCAAAUAUAGAAGCAUUCUCAGUGCUGCUGCAGUUCACGCCAGGGUUCGACGGAAAUUCGUCUAUUUCUUUGUGGACAGUACAAGCUCAAACGGCGCGUAACUCGUCAUGGGUAACAAUAUACGAAGUGAACGCGCCGGACGCCCAGUCGAUCCUAGUGACUGGCUUGAUCCCCUUCACCACGUACCGUUUGCGUGUGAUCGCGACCAACGUGGUGGGGUCGUCGCAACCUUCGGAGCCCUGCAAGGAAUUUCAAACAAUACAAGCGCCGCCGCAGCAUCCGCCUAGAAAUGUCACAGUGCGAGCAGUCAGCGCGAAUAAUUUGCGAGUGCGAUGGAUUCCAUUACAACAAAGCGAGUGGUACGGUAAUCCGAAAGGCUACAAUAUAUCAUACAAGCGAAGUGGCACAAACGACACCUUAUUUAUAAUCAUGGAAGAUCACACAGCCAAUUCUCACAUACUUUCAAACUUGGAGGAAUGGUCGCUGUAUGAGAUCAAAAUGACUGCCAUCAAUGAAGUAGGCACCUCUGCUGAAAGUCCAACUGCCACUGAAAGAACGAGGGAAGCAGUGCCAUCUCGAGGUCCAAUAGAAGUGUCAGCGAAUGCGACCUCAUCAACAACUGUUGUCGUACUCUGGGGAGAUAUACCAGUACAAGACCAGAAUGGUCUUAUCGAAGGCUACAAAGUUUGCUACGCGGCCGUCGUGCCUCCGCCGCGGCCGGAACACAAGAAAGUAGAGUGCCAAGCCAUAGCGUCAAACCAAACGCAUACAAUAACUUUGACAGAGCUAAGGAAAUAUGUAGUGUACCAAAUACAGGUCUUGGGUUAUACGAGAUUGGGUGACGGAGUCCUAAGCGAUCCUCCAAUAACUGUGAGAACCUUCGAAGACACUCCUGGACCACCCUCGAAUGUAUCGUUCCCUGACGUGACUUUCACAACAGCGCGUAUUAUUUGGGACGUACCAGAAGAUCCCAACGGCGAAAUACUAGCGUACAAAGUCACGUAUCAUUUGAAUAACACAUCACAACAUAUGUUUUCGAGAGAAUUCUUGCCAUCGGAUCGAACUUUUAGAGCAACAGAGCUGGCGUCGGAGCGGUACUACCUGUUCUCGGUGACGGCGCAGACGCGGCUGGGCUGGGGCGCCACCAGCCGCGCGCUCGUGCUGACCACCGUGAACCGCGUGGCGCCCGCGCCGCCCGCGCGGCCCAACGUGGCGCGCUCGCUGCUGCAGCCCCACCACAUCACGUUCUCGUGGACGCCCGGAGAUGACGGCUAUGCGCCGCUCAGGUAUUACACUGUACAACAGAAAGAAGAGGGUGGAACGUGGCAGACUAUACCUGAACGCGUGGAUCCGUUUGCUACUUCCUAUACGGCGGAAGGGCUGAAACCUUACACGGCGUAUCAGUUCAGAAUACAAGCCACUAAUGACAUCGGUCCGAGUCGCUUCAGUAAUGCCACGGAAACCGUCAGGACUCUACCCGCAGCUCCAAGCAAAGCCGUCGAGAACCUCCACGUUGUGCCGAUAACGCCCAGCAGUGUUCGCGUGCAAUGGUCACCUCUUGCCGAGCCUUACUGGAGCGGUGACACCCGCACAGGCGGCUACCGCGUGCUGUACCAGCCACUCACAGACUUCCCCACGGCGCUGCAGCAGACCAUGAAGCAGGAGGUGCCUGGCAUCAAGAGCGAGGAGGUGGUGCUGACGGAGCUGUCGGUGGACCGCAACUACGAGAUCAGCGUGGUGGCGGUGAACGCCAUGGGCGCGGGCCCGGGCCGCACGCCCGCCGUGGUGUGGGUGGGCGAGGCCGUGCCCACGGCGCCGCCGCGCGCCGUGGCGGCGCUGCCCGCCUCGCCCACGGAGGUGGCGCUCACGUGGCUGCCGCCGCUCGAGGCGCAGCAGAACGGAGACCUGCUCGGCUAUAAGAUAUUCUACCUAAUGACCGAAUCUCCAGAAGAACCAGAACCGGGACGCAAGGCAGAAGAGGAAAUCGAAGUAGUUCCAGCCACUGCCACUUCUCACUCCUUAGUGUUCCUCGAUAAAUUUACCCAAUACCGAAUUCAGGUUUUAGCGUUCAACCCUGCUGGCGACGGUCCGCGUUCAACAGCGGUGCUGGCACGCACUCACCAGGGAUUGCCCUCCGCGCCACGGAAUAUAACUUUCACCGACAUCACAAUGAACAGUCUAGUGGUCUCAUGGCAGCCACCCUAUCGUCGAAAUGGCCUCAUACAGUCAUAUCUUGUGACAUAUGAGACUAUACAACAGGAUGAACGGUUCAGCAAGCAAGUGAAGCAGAAGGUGACGGAGCGGCAACUGGCGGUGGGGGGGCUGGAGGAGGAGGUGGAGUACCGGUUCAGCGUGCGCGCGCUGACGGUGGGCGCGGGCGGCGCGGCGGAGGCGCGCGUGCGCACGGGCCCGCAGCCGGGCGCGCCCGCCGCGCCGCGCGCGCUGCGCCUGCAGCCCGACCCCGCCGCGCUGCGCCUGGCCUGGGCCAACUCGCCCAGCGGCGACGGUGAACUCCAGGGGUACUACUUCGAGGCUAGGAAGAAAGAUGACACGAGAUGGGAAACAAUAACGCGUACCAGUAACGGUAUGCUUGAAGAGUUCACGAUAUCUUAUCAGAGUCUUCUCCCCUCCACCGCGUACUCGUUCCGUGUGAUCGCGUACAACAAGCACGGGAUCAGCAAUCCCGCCUACAGCGACAAAGUGAUCGUGACGCCGUCGAAGCUGUACUUGGAAUAUGGAUACCUGCAAUACCGACCGUUUUACCGUCGCACGUGGUUCAUGGUGGCGUUGGCGGCCGCCUCCAUCAUAAUAAUCAUCAUGGUCAUCGCCAUACUAUGUGUCAAGAGCAAGAGUUACAAGUAUAAAAAAGAAGCACAGAAGACAUUGGAGGAGUCGCUGGCGGGCGAGACAGAGGAGCGCGGCUCGCUGGGCAUGGAGCUGUACCGGUCGCGGCAGAGCUCGGUGGGCAGCGCGGGCGGCGUGACGGGCACGCUGCGCCGCAAGCCGCCGCCGCAGCUCGCCAAGUCGCCGCCGCGGCCCUCGCCGCUGUCCGUGGCCUACCACAGCGACGAGGAGAGCCUGCGCGGCUACGACGAGAACCCCGACGACUCUUCCCUCACUGAGAAACCCUCCGAGAUGAGCUCCUCCGACUCACAGAAUUCGGAGAGCGAAAAUGAAAGUGUUAAAUCGGAGCCACACUCAUUCGUAAAUCACUACGCAAACGUGAACGAUACCCUGCGGCAGUCUUGGAAGCGGCAGCGGCCCAUACGGCAGUACUCCAGCUACACGGACUCCGAGCCCGAGGGCAGCGCCACCAUCAGCCUCAACGGCGGUCAAAUCGUCAUGAACAACAUGGCACGUUCUAGAGCUCCGCUCCCCGGUUUCUCCUCCUUCGUAUGACAGGAGCCUGACGCGACAAGCGCGUUAUCUAUACAUUUAUAACCUCACUGCCCAUUCCCUAUUUAGUUCAUUUUUUUUGCUAUUAUUUCCAAUGUACAUAUCAAUUUUUAAGCUUUACUUUAUAGUGGUUAAUCAUUACCUAUUAUAAUAUUUAAGGCUUUAUUUCUGAUGUAAGUUCGUAAGACCAAUGGUACUUUGGAUCUCUUUAAAGUAAUACGAUUUUUAUGAGUAGCAUCAUUUUUUAAUAAUUUUAAAUGUAGUUAACUUACAAUGUAAUGUAUACACAAUGGUAAAACUUUUAUACUACAUGUUUUUGCUUGAAUGUUCAAUACAUGUAGUUUCAUUUAAAAAUUAUUAUCCAAUAAGCGCUUUGUGAAAUAGGAGAUUCUCUAUACACCGAAUGAUCAAAUAAAAUUAAGUGAUUUAUGGUGAUAAGUACUUAAAAGAUUUUGAUUUUUUUUGUAAAUAAAGUAGGAACUCGCUAUCAGUAUUGAUUAGUGUUUAGCCAUUUAUUUAGACUCUUCUCUGCUUCUUAAUUUUAGAGCAGCCUUUUGUAAAGGUUUUUUUAUGAUAUUUUAUUGUUAAAAUAUGAAAUUGACUGAUAGAUGUAGAUUUAAAACAUUUUUUGUAAAUACUUUUUAAAACACAAACAAGAAUAUAAUUUAUAUGUUCUAAACGUUACAAUUAUAUACAUUUUUAUUAUAUUUCUCAUUUUUAACUCUCCCAUAAUCAAAUUUACGUCAAAAUGCUUCCUGCUUUUUAAUUUAAUAAAAUGUAUAAGUAACUAUAAUUUUACCAUUAUAGCAUUUAUUUACCAGAUACUUAUUACCUAACUUUCUGUUCCAUUCCAGUGCUUUUAUAGCCCAUAACGUAUAUUAUUGAAUUUUAUUGGCAUUUAUAACAUUCCAAAUAUGUACCUUUAUGUAUUUAAUGAAAUUUAUUCGAAAAGAUACUUUGACUUAAUAUCCAUUCAAUCAUUUUAAAAGCAGGUGCCAUUAACUUUUAUACUGUUAGUUUAUGUUAGUUCAUAUCUGACAAUAUAUUAAUUUAUAAAAUUA